GUAACAUUUUAGGGAUAUUGAUCAAGUAACCUACCCCCUACCCACUACCUUCUACUCAUGAUUCCGGGCCCUGGGAGCUAGUUACAUCAUCAUCGGGCUACCCAUCAACACACACUGACAUGGCAAUAUCACUGCCCAACCCAGACUCCCUCAAAAUCUUCAGCCUAGUACUUCUCAGCCUCCUCCUCCUCCCAUUUUCCCUCUCAGCCCUAUUCCUCUCUCUCAUCGCAGGCAGAAACCCCCCUUUCCACAAAUCAUGCACCUCCUCUCCGCAACGACGACGACGAACAAUCCUCGUCACCGGCCUAGGAAUGGCCAAGGGCCUCACCCUAGCCCGCUCCUUCUACCUCGCCGGCCACCGCGUCAUCGGCGCCGACUUCGAGCACCCUCGCAUUCCCUGCUCGGGCCGGUUCUCACGAAGUCUAGCGGCGUUCUAUCGACUCCCGCGCGUAGACGGCGAUGACAAUGAUGAUAGCGAAAGCACGAAAACGAACACCAACACCAACACGAACAAAGUUUACAGCCGUGCCCUGCGCGACAUCAUCGAGGCCGAGAACGUCGACCUCUGGGUGUCCUGCUCCGGCGUCGCCAGCGCCGUGGAAGACGCGCAGGCGAAAGAGUUCGUGGAGUCACACACAUCGUGCAAAUGCAUCCAGUUCGACGUUGCGACGACCGCAAAGCUGCACAACAAACGCUCCUUCGCCACCGCGUGCAAGAAACUCGGGCUCUCGGUGCCGGAGACGCACGAAGUGACGUCCAAACGCGACGUCCACCGCAUUCUCGCGGCGUGCGCGAAGUCCGAGUCGCCGCUGCGGUUCAUCCUCAAGCCGGUGGGCGUCGACGAUGCGCAUCGCGCGGACAUGACGCUCUUGCCCCUCGCUACGAAGGUAGAGACCGAGAGGCAUGUGUACGGGCUGCCUAUCUCGGAGACGAGUCCGUGGAUCCUGCAGGAAUAUAUACCGGGCGGCGAGGAGUACUGCACCCAUGCGCUCGUGGUGCGCGGCGAGGUGAAGUGCUUUGUAGUGUGUCCGAGCGCUGACAUGCUGAUGCACUACACGCCGGUAUCGCCCGCCUCGCCCCUCUGGCGCGCGAUGCUAGAUUUCACGGCUGAGUUUGUGCGGCGCUCGGCCAGGCCGGAGGAUAUGACUGGCCAUCUUAGCUUUGACUUUAUGGCGAGCGAGGGGAUGGGUGGGGAUGAGGGGAGGAGGAAGAAGAAGAAGAAGAAGGAAAAGAGGGUUUUUGCGAUCGAGUGUAAUCCGCGUGCGCAUACGGCGGCGGUGCUGUUCGAUCAUCGCGGCGAGGAGGCGGAGGCGAUGGUGCGGGCUUAUCUCUCUGCGGUUGAGGGGACCCAGAAAGGGGAGAAAACGAAGUCACUCGCCAGUGCAGAAGAUUCAUUAGUCGUGCCGUCUAAUAGUACACGAUCGAGAUACUGGAUUGGCCACGAUGUAGUAUCACUUCUCUUGUACCCCGGAUUACGAUGGGGUAUGGGGUUUACUGGUUUUCGAUGCGUUUUAGCAGCUGUGCUUGAUUUAGUGUCCCAUGUUCUUCUGUGGAAAGACGGCACAUUUGAGAUAUGGGAUCCGCUCCCGGCUGUAUUAUUGUACCAUGUCUAUUGGCCUCUAGUGAUGAUCGAGGCUUGGUGGUAUGGCAGGCGCUGGAGUAGGAUUAACGUUAGUACAACUAAAGUUUUUGGGUGCUAGUCGUAAUAGGUAUUAUAGACGAAAUAUAAGUAAAUAUUAGAGAAAGAUUCCGGAAUGUAUGACCGUCUAUUUAGAUCGCUGUGUUCCAAUGUGAUAUGCAUAUAAUCCCACAUGGAUUAGCAUGUUUACUCUCGCUGAAAGGGGCCUCAAGUUACCUAGAGAUACUCGGAUAAACAAGGAAAUCCAUCAAGUUUACAUGUGAUAAUAAUAUGUUUUAUCAGGCCAGAAGAAAGUUUACAUAUGUGCCUAUCUAGGUCGAUGACCUCAUGAACCUGACGACUGUCGAGGGCUUCUGUGUUGACCGUUAAUGCUUCACAUCCGCGGUACUUACAUUUCCGCGACACUGCUUUCAUGUAUCUAUGGCGGAUCACAGAGUAAA